CAAUUUUUAAAAACCGCAGGCUCAGGAGAGAGAAAUUCCCGAGAAACUGCAACAGAGAGAAAGAGAGAGCUACGAGAGACUUCAAUUCAAUAGCGAGUGAGACUGUGUCAGUGUCUAUGAUGAAAACUUGAAAAGCAAAAACAAAACUCGAAAAAAUGGCGUACACAAAUCUAAACAGAAACGAACCUCUCUUUUUCUCAACAGUUUCAAAAUAAUUCUCAUCGCCGCGUUUUUUUUUCUUCCCCCUUUCUUACGUCGUUUUCAGUUGUAAACUACCGUGUACGACAUGAAUCGUUUAGGGUUUAAAAUCGAAGUGUUCGAAGGCGACGCGCGUUUAGGCGAACUUGAUGUUACUCCGGUAACGGCUUUUCAGAAUUUCCGAUUCCCGAACAACGAGAUUCGCAUCCACCAUAGAACCUUCAGAAGCGAGCGUUGUCCUCCGUUAUCGAUUCUUCAAGCGGUUUCCGCAUUCAAUGUUCGAUGUAAACUCGAUUCAUCGUUUCCCGUUGAACAACCGGCGUUAAUCAACCUCCACGCUUCGUGUUUCCAUGAAAUGAAGACUGCUGUGGCUGUGGUUGGGGACGAAGAGCUUCAUCUAGUGGCGAUGCCGAGUAAGCGGAAGAAGUUUCCGUGUUUUUGGUGUUAUGCUGUUCCGGUGAGACUUUAUGAUGCGUGCAUGGGGAUGUUGAAUUUGAGGUGUCUUGCGAUUGUGUUCGAUUUAGAUGAGACUUUGAUUGUUGCAAACACGAUGAAGUCGUUUGAAGAUAGGAUUGAGGCUUUGCGGAGUUGGCUUUCCAGGGAGAGUGAUCCAUCAAGGGUGCAGGGUAUGUCUGCUGAGCUCAAGCGUUACUUGGAGGAUAGGUUGCUGUUGAAGCAAUUCAUUGAGACUAAUUCCGUAGUUGAUAGUAAUGGAAAGCUGUAUCAGGUUCAGAUGGAGGAAGUGCCAUCUUUGACUGAACAGAAAGUCCUUCGCCCUGUUGUUAGGGUUCAAGAUAGGAAUAUUGUCCUUACUCGAAUCAAUCCCGAGAUUCGUGAUACUAGUGUACUAGUGAGGUUGCGGCCUGCUUGGGAGGAUUUACGAUGCUAUUUAACUGCAAGAGGACGCAAGCGGUUUGAAGUGUAUGUUUGUACUAUGGCUGAAAGGGAUUAUGCCUUGGAAAUGUGGAGGCUUCUUGACCCAGGGGCACAUCUUAUAGGUUCAAAGCAAGUCUUUGAUCGGGUUAUUUGUGUUAAAUCAGGUUCUCGAAAAUCUUUACUAAAUGUUUUUCACGAUGGUAUGUGCCAUCCAAAAAUGGCAAUGGUGAUUGAUGACCGUUCAAAGGUUUGGGAGGACAAGGACCAGCCAAGGGUUCAUGUGGUUCCUGCAUUUACUCCUUACUAUGCUCCUCAAGCAGAGACAGCCAAUGCUGUCCCAGUCCUAUGUGUAGCGAGAAAUGUUGCAUGCAAUGUCAGGGGUUGUUUUUUCAAAGAGUUUGAUGAGAACUUUUUACAAAGAAUUGCUGAAGUCUUCUUUGAAGAUGAGGUUGGAAGUUUGCCUCACCCUCCGGAUGUGAGCAGCUACUUGAUGUCUGAGGAGGUGCCAAAUGGUAAUGGACAAGCUAAUGCCCCCAUCAGUGAAGGAAUUGGCGGCACAGAGGUUGAGCGUAGGUUAAACCAACCUGAUGAUAAGCUUUCUGCUGAUUUAGUCAGUCGGCCCAUGGCAAAUAGUGUUGAGUUCAGGCAUGAAACCUCUCAGUCAACUGCUGGCAUAGUUCCAAAUGUCACUGGUCCUGGAUCAUCAAGGCCCUUGAUUCCUUCUCAGAAACCAGGUCUGCUGGGACCUCCAGUCAAACACGACGGAAGUUUUAUUGAUCGUGAUUAUGACAUGAAAAAAGGAAUAUUAAAUAUGAGGCAUAGUCCUGAUAUAAGAGGUCAAAGUUCAGCUGAACCCCCUCUGAUAUCGAGGCCACCUGUUCCUGCAUACGGAAGCUGGUUGGUAGAAGAUGAUAUAAGCAACAGAACUCAGACAAAUAAUUGGCCUUUUGCACCUGCUAAAGAAUCUAAUGUGGUAAAGUCUGAAAAGCAUCAGGCUCAACAAAAACAAUUUUCUCAUAAAAUGGAAGUUCCAGUUUCCAAUGUGCCACUCUCACAAACACCACAACUUAAGGCUGAAGAGGCAACUUCUGUAUCUGAUUUUCGGAGGCAGAAUAUUCCAACUAAGUUGCAUUUAUCAGAGAGUACAAUAUCUCUGAAUCAUGCAUCUUCUAAUAGCAAAGAUUUUCAAAAUGAAGUUGGAAAAUUGAACUUUGUACCAUCUCUGUCUAUUGGAGUGCUGCAAGAAAUUGGGAGGCGGUGUUGCUCUAAGGUUGAAUUUAAGUCAAUUGUAAGCACCAGCAAAGAUUUGCAGUUUUCAGUGGAGGUACUAUUCACUGGUGAGAAAAUAGGCUUUGGUAUGGGUAGGACAAGGAAGGAUGCUCAACAACAAGCUGCCGAGAAUGCCCUUCGCAGCUUAGCAGAGAAGUAUGUAACACAUAUGGAGCCUCAAUGUAAAGCUGUUGAUAAAGAAUUUGACAAGCUUUCUCUUGAACAUGAAAAUGGUUUCUUGUGGGAUGUGGUCGAUGCGGAGUCCAGUGAACUGCAAAGAGAAGAUGGAUUACCAAGAGAAAGUGCUUCUGAGUGGUUUGAGGGAGGGGCUAGUCUUGGAAUUUUUACAGAAUCAAAUAAUUGGCUCCAGAUGCCGAGACCCGGCCAUUAAAUCCCAAUCCCAUCACUCAGCAAAUGGAUAAACGUGCUAGCUUCCCAAGAACGCAUCAGUCUGUUCAUAGCAAACGAAUGAAGGAAUGAAAAUGCAGCUAGAUGAACAAGAACAACCAUCAUUGCAGCAACCGAAAAAUGUGAUAUUCGUGAGACGACAUUUUGGGGGCAAAAUGUUUUAAUCCAUGUCCUUUGUUCAUGUAAAACCUCUAGCCUAGUGGUUUUAGAUAUACUGAGGGGAUUUCCCCCCUGCUAAUUUAUGUUAUAUCAUAGAGAAGGGCAUUGUUUUUUGCCCGACCAUUUUUCCAUGUUGUCAGGCUAGCCACAUUUUCAAUGUUGUCUGGCUAGCCACAUUUUCAAUGUUGUAUUAGAUCGACUGUGUUGCUUUUCUUUUUCUUUGUAGUUGAUCCAUUACUGAUCUACAACGAUGGUUGAAUUUGUCUUGCUUCUAGGCUGAAGCUCCAUAUUGUAUUGUAGCUUUUGCAGUCACAGGUCAUCCACUGUGAAACCAGCCAAACCAACAUGUUAUUAAUCAGUUUCCUCUGAGUCAGUUGUUAGGAAUAUACUGACAUUGGGAAAAAUUUCAACGGGAUUAUUGUUGUCAAAUUCUGACAUUAUUCAUUUAGGGUUGUUUGGAUCGGUGGUAUGUGAUGAAAUGAAGUGGUAAAUAAAUAUUGUUUA